AUGCCACCCCGUACCCCACGCCGCCCGCAGCGCACGCCAUUCGAUACGAUCGAACUCUCGGACUCAGACAAUGAGUCUGAGGGAUCCGCGGCAUACUGGGCCAUCGCGGAUGCCCCGCUACCGGCACUUCUCGCCGCUGCGACAGACGCAGACCCCCCCAUUCCCCUUUCAUCCUCGCCCGCGUCUUCGCCGGCCUCCGCCUCGUCUCGCAACGGUGCCACGUCCAGUCGUGGGUCGACCGAGGCGUCGCUCAUUCGCGCACCACCCGCUGAUGACGCCGCCUCCGAGGAGGGCUCCGACGCGGAUGCGUCAAGUGAUGUAGAAGGGCCUGCCGUGCCUACUCCCAUCGCUUCCGACGCCGGAACAUUGUUGAGGAGCAAAACCUUUUGCGUCGCUAUCUAUGCCUACAACGAGGAUGGUCUGCAGCCCGACGUGUUCCUCUUCGACAAGCGUGGUCAACAGAGCUUUACCUCUGUCUGCACAAGGUACGAUUUGGGUCUUGUCGAUCCCAUCGCACUGUGGAUCGGCCCGAAGCGGGCGUGGCGCUUUGUGCAUGUCGAGAACAUUGCCAACGUCGUGUUCGGCUUACGCGAAGGCGAUUACAUUGUGUGGGUGAAGUGGGGACUUUGUAGCCUCCCGUUAAUACACGAGGUUACAGGCGGUGCGGCUCCGGAAUGGCCGGAUCGGGAGAGUAUCUGGGAGGAUAGGCGUUCUAUCUUCGAGGAGCUCGACCCGGAACGCAGACGUUUUGAAGAAAAUAAGCUUCGCUUGUAG